AUGGAGCAAAACAGCUCUUCAAACGGGCCUAUGCUAGGGAAUCAUAUUCGCAAUCGCACUAAGUUCACCAAAGAGCAGCUGACAAUCCUCAUCAACACCUUUAACCAAAUGCCUUACCCACAUUAUGCUACCAGACAAAGACUUGCUUUGGAAAUCAACGUUGAAGAGUCAAGAAUCCAGGUUUGGUUUCAGAAUCGCAGAGCUAGAUCCUUCUUCCAGGAGAGACGAGAACUUAAGGAGGCCCUGCAAUCCAGCCAAGGCCCUGGGCAAGAUCACCUUCCAAAAGGGACUCCCAGUGAACAGAUCCGACGGCCCCGAACCACCUACAGCGCCUCUCAGCUGUGCACCCUCUUCAAGGCCUUCAAGARAAACCCCUACCCUGGGAUCCAUUGCAGAGAACAGCUUGCUAAGAAAAUUGGAGUUCCUGAGUCSAGAGUUCAAACUUGGUUUCAAAACAGAAGAUCUAGAUUACAUGUGAAGAUCAAAAAAGAACCCGAUGAAUCCUUCCAACAGGCCAGGGACAAGAUCGGGGACAGAGUUCAAGGUAUGGAAAGCUCAGAAAAUGGCAAACUUGAGCUCUCAUCMUUCAGUCACUUCUCAGAAGCCCCAACUCUGACCACUGCUGCACUGGGAACCCAGCCUUUGGGGAACCUUCUGGAUCCAAACUACAGUGGUAACAUGAAUGKUAACCAGCUUCCUUCACAAACUGAAGAGUGCUUCCACAUUCCUGGCUCUACACAACAGACACAUUGCUAG